AUGCCUACCUGGUUGAACCUGCACCGCAAAGCUGAACUUGCCGAGCUUGCUGGUCAAGUUGGCAUCGACGACGUUUCCGAUCUUCGCAAAGAUCAAAUUGUUGCACUUCUCGAAGAGCAACUCACAAUCAACGCGUCAACAUACUCUGAGUAUCCUUCUUUCGAGGGCUAUUAUGCUCGCAAGGGCUCUCCCACAAAGCGCGAGUCGGGCUCGACUCCUGCUGCCGAACCAGAAGUGACCAGAUCUGUGACGCGGAAACGCGCUCCACGUAUCAAGGGCGAGUCUGACGUUGAACCCAUUUCGUCACCUACUGCAGCCACUGGAAAGCGUACUGCCCGCGCCGCGGUUGUAGUAACUCCGGCCAGAGUCGAGGCACCUAGAGUCGAGGAGCCUGUGGCUGAGGAACCACGUGUCGAGGAUUCUAUGCUCCUCAGCCCACCACGCAUGGCACUUCCUCCUUCGCCUGCCGUUGUGACUGAUGCCAUUGAGGAGCAGACUGCCCGUAUUUCUGAGGGCAUGAACAAGCUCUGGACAUCGUCACACAUCAUGGAUGUGCUUUACCAGGCUCGUCUCGAUCUUUCUUCUGUCACCGGCGUUCACUUCACAAUGCUCCUUCUUGAAUCCGCGGCACUUCAUUACGAGACUGUUCCAUGGAAGUUUGCAUUCGACUUCCCGAGUUUGUUCGGAUUCCCCAGCUUCGCGGUGUUCCUGCCUGACGUGUUUGUAUUCCUCACUCAUCACUACUGGGCACCUGCUUUGCUUUGGGCUACCAUGAACUUCUGGAUUCCUCUUGCCACUGGCUGGUUGUUCAACUUGUCGCUCAAGCUUAAGAAGAAGGACGGUUUCGAAGACUACAGACCCGUCUAUCGCAUCGAUCCUUUAAUGUUCAGUAUCGCUAAAGCGCUGAUGUCUUGGAUGGUCUAUGCUCAAGGUAACACACUAUUUGGAUCGUUCGCCGAACAGACCGUCAAGACGGUCGAGAAUGCUAUGCCCUACGGCUACAGCGGUGCCAUGAUUGCAGCAUACAUUGGUAUUGUUACAAGUAUCUGGGAUGGCAUCCAGAACAAGAAGAGAGCUUAA